CAAAACGGCAUUUUGUAACACUGUUAAUCGAAGGUACGUCAUACAUAAGCAGUUCAAGGGUCAAGCCUAUUGUAUUUGCGUUGUGUACAAAUGGAUCGAGGGAUCUACACGAGAUCGGUCUGAUUUUCAGUGUAUGAUGAUCAACUAAGGCAUGAUGCAGGAAGAAAGAGGUGUAGUGAGCUCUCGGUUCUCAUUCCGGGGAGUUGACUACAUAGUCAGCAUAUGGGUGAAUGAUGAUAAUCUACUCACUGUAGAGGUAGAGGAUAGAUUGACUGCAGACCAAUGGAGAGGAUCAUUUGAACCAGCUUAUAUUGAAGACUUAACACACAAAACUGGGAACUACAAGCAGUUUUCCAUCUUCUUGAGUAUGUUAGAAUCAGCAUUGUUACAGAACUCUGACUCUGUGAGCCUUGAUCUUUUGACCUAUGCUGAUCUUGAGUCGCUUCGUAACCGCAAAGCUGGUCUUGGUACCCGGACUAUCCCAGGGGCUCAGAGGUCUGCACUCAACACUAAACGUUAUCUCAUUGUCACCUACACUGUGGAAUUUGACAGGAUCCAUUAUCCCCUACCCCUGCCCUACCAAGGUAAACCUGAUCCUGUGGCUCUACAAGAUACUGUCAGGGAAUUACGCAAAGAAAUAAAACUUCUCAAAUCACGGCUUACUUCAGAUCCCAAAUCUUCAGAACUUGUUAAGCUCACCAAAGACUAUGAGAAUCUCCUAUUAGAGAAGCAAGAAAUAGAGGAUGCUUUCCUGCGAUACCGGAGAGAAGUGAAGAACACAUCGACAGGUAGUGCAGCCAAAGAGGUCCGCAUUCUCAAAACUGCUAUCCAGAAUCUAGAGGAAGAUUUGGUGAAUGAGAGAAGGAAAUACCAGAGGUCGUCCAGUAAGAGAAGUCAGAAUUACAGGGAGCUGCUUGAGGAGGUUGAAGAACUGAGAGCCAGUGAGCGUAAUCUAAAAGUGCGAGUCAAAAGUCUUACAAAUGAGCUAAGCAUCUUGAAAAGAAAUCCAUCGAGGCGGAGUAGCCGUUCUCCAAUGGUACCCACCCCAUUAUCCCAACGUCAGUCAAGACCUGUUGCUAGGAGACCACCAUCAGCUGACAUAGCGAGAUCUAGGCCUCGAUCAAGAAUAGACACAAGCAGUAGAGAGAGAUCACUUUCAAGGGGUCGAAGGUCAAGUGUAUCAUCGGUGGGGAGUAGGAGUCGAAGCAUCUCACCUGCAGGUGCCAGAGGUCCCAGAUUUGACCCUACAGCUUACAUUCUAGAGAAGAAACGUAGAGAGGAAGAAUCCAAAUUGAAAAGUGCCAGGUUACAGAACAGUGCAGUGCGGUCUAGUGGCAAAUCAAGGUUAUCAGGGGAGAGGUGUAGAACCAGGAAACGGCUCUCUGAUGGGUACAGAGGGUUUCGUUCAAGGAGCUCAUCAGCUGGAAGCAGAAGAUCAUCUGGGGGUGGAGUCAGUGAUGUGGAGGUGCUAUCUGAUGCCUCAGAAGGAAGAAGAAGGAGGUUACGAGAAGUGCUGCAGCCAGGCAAGACUUCUUCAUCUAAAGCAUGGUCAAGUCCAAAUGUGCCAUUCAGAAGGAAAACUGGAGCUGCUCCCAAAAGGUUAAUGAGUACACCUGAUCCUGACUAUCCAUCAAGGAGAGGGGCUGGUGGCAAGACUAGGAGCAGACCGCUUACUGAAUACAAUGGCCAAGAUCGGAGUGCAACCCUGUACAAUGAUACCAAUGAGAUGUCUGAGAUUGAUGCAAGACUUAGUGCCCUGCAGCAGUUUAUGAAACACAAUUUGUAAAGACUGGAUGGCAACCAACCUUGAAGAAUAUAGAAAUCAUUAUAAUAUAUGGAUGAAUUUCAUUCUGUAAAUUGGACAAUUAUAUAGUGAUCUUUCAAGUUCUAUGGAUGGAGACAACAGUUGAAUGUUCAUUCAAGCAAUCAUAUAUCACUCUAGGAUCGCCGAAGAUUUUCAGUUUUUGACAUGGGUGUGUUCCAUCAUUCUUUUGUCUGACUUCAAAAACAAAAUGUCUUUUAAAACACAAACAUGAAACACUGAAAAAGGUGUGUUCCAUGACCUGAUUCUUCAGAGUGGCAUUUGCUAAAAAUCUCUUUAAGACAUUGGGGAUAUCAAUUACAACUUCCCGUCAUUGUUGUGGCAUAACACUCUAGGUUGAGAGAUGAUUCCUUUAUCACCGACUGCGCAGUUGCUUUUGUUUAAAUGAAGGAUGAUCAGGGUUGAUAAGAAAAGAGCUUGAAUGCUAUUUGGAUAAGAUUCAUAUUUGUGGUUUUGCUUGAACGCACCAAACCUGUCUGCUUGAAUCCUUGAAUGUCAUGAAAAAAAAUGACUAAAACGGAAGGAAAUUUGUGAUAAUGGCUACCUGAUGAUUGAAUGAUUGAAACAUACAGCAUAUUUCAUUGAAUCUCAUCAGUCAAUUGCCAAUUCAGCGAAGAAUAAUAAUUUUCCAAUUAUAUAAGAAGAGGCUGAAAUUAGCAGCUUAUUAUAAUGAACUUCAAUGUGCCAAAAAAAUUGUGAACGCAUGACAAUCCCCAAGUCAGAUAAUUUUCUAUGGUUCCACCACAAAAUUAUCUUUGUUAAAGAUCUUUCUUUGGCUUUUAUUUAACAUUUAAAACAAUAUGUGAAAGAUUAAAUUAGGGUGUGGCAGUGAUUCAGUUGUCGUAGGGUCUCUAAAAAUUUUAUGUGUGUCAGUUUAGAAACUACCAAUGAAAUAGAAUAAAAUAUGGCUAUUUUAUGUAAGCAAUUGAUUGUGGCCCUAAGGCUGAAAAAAAGUUACAAUAAAAUAGCAUACACCAAUCAUAACAUGAAAAAAACAUAACCCACAAUUGGAUAUACUUGGAACUUUUCUAUAGUUGUACAUUUAGAUGUACACAUAGUUUACAAAGUAAAGUAUGUAUCUUGCCUGUCAGCAACUGAGUGUAAUAUUUGAAAAAUUGAAUAGCCCAGACUAAUGAAAAAUUUCAAUUUUUUCUACAGGGUCUAUUUCCUACUUGUUUUCAUUCUGAAUUACAUUUUGUACUAGUCCCAAUAUCACCUAAUUUUAUGGAUCCCUUAAUUGCAGAAAAAGAAAUAUCAGACAAUUUGCAUCAUUUUGGUGAAACAGUUCUAUGCAUGUCCUCAUGAAUAUUCAGUGAGCAAACUGAUGUCAUAUCCCCACUUGUUCUUCUGUAUUUUAUUACAUGAAAUUAUGUUCCUUCAAAUUUUCCCUCCAAUAACUAAACACAAACUCAAAGAGUGACAAGCGAUUAAACUGCAUUCAAUAUUCAUUGCUGCAACUUAUUUUAUUAAACGGGAGAUAUAACAUACACAUGUAUGAAAAUAUGAAAUAAUUAUGAUUUCAUGUAAUGACACAAUAUAAAGGAAAGUGGGGAUGUGACAUCAGCCCAGCUAAUGAAUAUUCAUGAUGACAUGCAUAUAACUGUUUUCACAAAAUUCAACAACUUUGUUAUUUGUUGUCAGAUUUUGAUGAAAUUUUCAGCAUUUCGCUUAAUGAAUAUUACUCUAUUUAUUUAGAUAGAAUUAUUUCAGCCCCAAGUACCCCUUUAAUUGCUAUUCUCUCAUUGGGGUUUGGUGAGUUAUACAUGUCAAUCUGCCUUAGUCCAAUCUCAUCAUAUCACAGUCGUACUCAAGCUAAAUUCAAUUUGUGCAAUCUUAUUCUUGAUGGGCUGUUGGUCAGUUUUCUGAAAUUUAAAUCAUAAUUUCUUUUAACCACAAAAUUAAAGGGUUAGUUUAUUAUUGUCAUUGAAAUGUAUUCAAUCUUCACUUUUCUCAAUUCAUUUGUUGUUUGAAUAUAAUUCCAAUUGGUUGUUUGAAUAGACUUUGGGGCAAUUUUAAGUUUCAGAAUCAUAA